AUGGAUUCAAAACUAUGGGUGUCGGUUCUGUGGCUCUUUCACUUUCUGGCAAUCGUCUUUGCAGGUAAGAAACAGAUCAGGCUUUGCAGAGGUUGUCUUAUGCUUGAUUCUAGCCCGAAAAUUCUUCAGCUCGUUGCAAAGUGUUAUUCAAGGCGGGAACGCUGUUUUUCGACCCAACCUACCCAUCAACUUUAAAUUAUCGGUUAUGUGGUUAUCAUCCGUUGAUGACUUGAGUAUAUUAACUUCACUAUUCGCUCUACUGUUUCCACAGAGGAUAAACAUAUUUGUGUCCUUAAGUAAUGUUAAUUUAUGGCCGAGAAAGGGGCUAUUGGACGCAGAAAGGUUCGAUCGUGGUUUGUCAAACGUACGUGUUUUUGUAAAGUGAUCGGUCGUUGCAGUGUAAAUCAUACUCUUGUUUUGCUGUUUCGAUAUGAAAAGUAUCACACGUGGCUUACAUAGAGAUCGAGACACAAUGUAUCAUCACUCGAGGUUUUGCCUUGUAAUUGUUGAUUACACUCCCACAAGGCGGUCUGUAGAUUCCGACUAUUGCGUGAUCUGUAAAUGCUUGUUAUUGAAAAUAUUCGAAGUUUUGUCCACAGAAGCGUGAAACACAGCAUGACUAGGAAGCAAGAUCUUUUCUACCUUUGUACAGUUGUUUAUUGUGUAUACUCUAGUGAAAAUUUUGAUAUAUUUUGCUUGUGUGUUUGUCAAGUUGGUUUUUCAGAAAUCAAAGGACGAUGUUCGUAUCAUUUUAAUGUUGUGGUUAUCAUUUGCGACACAUUCUUAUCUUUUUGAUACAAAAACCUCACAGGAAUUUCCUUCAUUCAUAAAUGUGUUUGUUUUGAUUGCAAUUCAUUUCAGAUUAUCCGGGACUUUGAACAAUGAGGGUUUAUUCUCUGUAAAUUUUUGUGGACUAAAUAAAAGCUCAGGUUUAGUGUACAGUACCCAUCCACAACAUCACGUAUGUGCUUGUGGAGCAAAAUAUCCAACUUUUAUCAAUCGGCCUUCAACGAAAUUAUUCUCUUUUUUUUUCAUUUUCACUUUUCUAGAUAAAAUUUAAUUGCAUAAUUUUUCAAUAAUUUUGUUUGAUGAUUCUUAUAUUACGCAUCAAUACUGCAAGUCGAAUCAUACAUGUGUAGUUUCCUUGUCAUAUUUUUAUUUUAAUGAGAUGAUGUCAUUGUGAAAAUAUAGUUAGGUUACUAGUGUGAGCAUUUACUGUCCCAAUAGAUAUUUCUGUUGUUGGGUCAUUAAUUGUUUCAUAGCUAGGUAGAUGGAAGACGUUGUCAGUUUCCUCAUUCCAUCGAUACUUUUGCUAUUCACCAAUAAUUUUGCCAAGAGUUUAUUUGUUUGCAUUCACCAAAGUGCCUCUAAUCUAACACAAUUUUAUUUGUUAAAUGUAUUUUUUGUGCAGAAAUCCAACGGAAUGGUGAAAAAAAUUGGACAAAACUUUUUUGGAGUUUCAACUGUAUUUCCUUUUUUAUUGUUUUGUUACUUUUUUUCUUUAGUGUCUCGCCAGUUUACUGGAAGUGGUUUUGUGGAGUACAACGUUAAAUCAGCCAUUUAUUCUGAUGACUCUGAGUUAAAACUUACCUUCAGGACGGUACAACCCUCUGGGCUUCUGUUUCAGUCAACAAGUUCAGGAGGUGAUUGGGCAGACUAUAUUACCCUUGAAAUUGUUGGAGGAAGGUUAAGGUGUGUCUACAUGUACCUUAUUACGCACUGUUCUCAUUAGGUAUUUUAGGCUAGGUGGGCCACCUUGCUUGGUUCAUGGGAAAAUCAGUGACGUCUGUUUUAAAACCCAAAGAUUUAACCCAACAAAAGCUUAUUUUGAUGUCUAGAACCAGGUAUUUAAAAAAAAAAUCGCUCAAAAAAGUUCAUGAAACAUUGUCUGGUGGUUUUAUUUGUGUGUUUUCUCCCAACUUAUUGAUUAUAAAAGACUGUGAUUUAUUGUUGGAUGAACAUGUUUAAAUCUGUUGUUUUGCUGAAAGGCAGCCAUCUUGAAAUUGUUCCAGAAACAAAAGGGUCCAUCAAGGGGCUUACAUGUAGUGCUAUACAAAAUUCACUUGCUCGCCUUUUAAGGUUUCAAAUCGACUGGGACUCUGUGACAUGUAUUACGUAUUCUACAGACUACUUUCAACGACUCACUUUAGAGAGCUGGUUUACUAACUUGAAAGAAAUACUGCUGUAUCGUAGUCAACAGUUACAGAGCUUCAAAUAAUUUCCCGGCUGGCGCCGGUCAAGUUGUCCAGUCAAACUUAUUUUUGCUCUGACACAACCCAUUUUGGGCCGGACGUGUCUUUCAUCUAGGACUAUCUGAUUGCACUUUACAGUGAAAUAUGUGCCGACUGUUAUAAUAAUACUUUAAAACACUACACACCCUACUCUUGAGUUUGCGGUGACAAUAACUCACAGCUCCUGGAAAAUGAAAAACCACUGUUACCACCCUGCUGCGCUGGGCUUCUAAAAUUUCUCUCAGUCACAGAGCCGUGAAAUUCAGGUAAAUCCAUGAAAUUCACAAAGAAAUCUUACCAAAUACAUCUCAGUUCAACAUAUUUAAGACUUAUCUCGGCUUAUGGGGGUGUUUUUUGCCAUAAACUUGCAAAUUUAUCUUGAAACUUCGUCACUGCAAUGAGAAAACGUCCCAAAACUACCAGGUGUUCUUAGAUGAUUAUUGCAAAAAACUGGGAACUGGCCAGUGCAUGAUAUAAAAAGCUUUGCCAUUGGCACAUUUCUGAACUCAUUGUUGGUAAAAGAGCAAGUGAUAAUCUCUUUUAAAAAAAAUAACCUGUGCGAGUCAAUACAUUGUCCGUUGACCGGCCGUUAUUUGAAGCCCUGCGUUACCGGCACCGUACAAAUGACUUAUUGACGGAAUCAAGCAAAACUAUGAGAGACAAAUUUUUAACAUGAAGAUAUAAUUAUGUUAUUUUUUAUCUGAGGUAAUUUUUGUUUUGUUUUUGGUUUUGGGUUUGGUUAUUUAUGCUAAUGAACAUGAAACAAACGAAAAAAUAACAAAAGUUCCAGUGGAUGACAUAAGCGCCAAUGUGCUGAUUCUAAUAAUACGGCAGGGUUGUCAGAAAGGUUUGAAAUAGACGGCUGAGAUGUCAAAGUAAGUGGCCAGUCCAGGGAUAUUUUAUUAAAAAAACACCAUAUGUAAAGAAAUGCCAACCAUAGUAUCCGACCAAUACUGAUCAAGUAGGCGGCGAUUUUCGCUGGCAGCCGGAUACUUUUGACAGCCCCAAUACGGAUAAGUUUCUGAUCCAUGACGUGAGAUAUAGAUCUAUUACUGUUCAUUUUCUGUUCCAAUUUCCCGAUAAGAAUACGUAACUAAAGGUUAAGAGAUUGAUUAAAGAAACAUUUAAAAGUAAGGCAACACGUAAACAGUCCUUUGGAUGGCUCCUUCAACAACUUCAACGUCAAUAUCAACAUUCUUAAUGUCACAGGACACUCUUCUUGUCCUUGAUCCUCUUAAGACAAAUUAACUCAGAUCUUAAGAGUGUGCAUGGGGUUCUGGUUCUGGUUCUGAUCCAAGAGAGAGUUUUGGCAUACUGCUCUAUGACUAUGAUACAUCAAGCACUCCUGUCCCAUUCCGCAAGUUGUGGUGAAGACCAAAUACACAGACAUAUUUAUAUGUUAUUUGAUGAUAAUAGUAAAUACUUAAUUAUCCUCUUCCCUCAUGGGGCUUUUCAGAGAUAGUGAAACAAAUGAUUUUAAAUGGGACAUAGUAAGGUUAAAAAUCUUAACUGGUAGAAGGCGAAGCAGCUGGCUAUUGGCUGACAAAUGCAGCUACCAGUCAAUGCGGGCCUCUGGAUUACAAGUCCAGGGCUCUAAACGCUCAGCCACAUGACCUCUCUAAUGCUUUUAAGACUAAAGGAUGUCUGCAUCUUACUUACAGAUUUGCUGUGCGAUAUGGAUAUCGAGAAAACAAAAAUGAUGCUCAUGUACGGUUCUUGGGCAAAGAUCUCGAUGAUGGCAAGGCUCAUACAGUUGACGUAGGUCACAAAAACAAAGCUACUACCAUAAAACUGGAUGAUCAAACACCAGAAUCAGAAAGAGAAGAGACAAAAAUCAACACAUAUUUUCAAAGGCUUGAUAUUGAUCGGUCUAUUUAUGUCGGAGGUGCACCUAAUUUUAAAGGAUUAUUAUCAGUCCAGUCUAAUGCCAACUUUAUGGGCUGCCUAUCAGAUGUAACAUUUAACACCCUCUCGCCAAAAAGCUUAGAGAUUGAUUUCCUCGAAGGAGAAGAAGCUGUCACCUAUCCCUCUGAUAUGAACAAGGACUGUACAUUUGAAACCUACUCACCAUAUACCUUUAGUGCAGCUGAUUCGUACUUUAAAUGUGACGUGAAUGGCUUGGCAACAACAUCUGAAUUGACGGGAAGUUUUGUGUUCCGAACAUAUAAGGACUCUGGAACCCUUAUUAAGCAAACAAAUGGCAACAAUGGCUUUGAAAUAACCUUUUCAUCAAGGUUGAUCAAAUUAUCUUUAAAGAUUGCCGGUCAGUCACAGGAGAUCAUCGCGCAGAUUGACUAUGGUCUAAGCGAGUUAACUUUCAUGAAUAAUGGAAACUGGCAUCAAGUUAAAUUCUUCAUUACAACGUCAUCAAUCACAUUGGAAGUUGGCACCAAAAGGGACCAGCGUGCAGUGUCUUCGCUUCCUAAUAACUUCUUCAUAGAAGAGGUAACUGCAGGUGGUUAUAUUGGUUGCAUGCGGAAUCUGAUAAUAAACAAGUUCGAUUGCAAGCCAGGUCAAAAUUCCAAGAUAAAAAAUGUUGAAUGGAAAGAAAACCCCUGCAAUAUCACUGACUUUUGUGUGUUUUCUCCCUGCCUGCAUGGAGGGAAAUGUACCCAGACAGGGAAGGGAUUCACUUGCUCUGGAUGUGAAGCAAAAGGAUAUAAAGGCGAUGUGUGUCAGUUUUGUAAGUACUCUAUAGAUCAGAUAAUACAUGCUUUUAGACUCCUCAGUUUAGGGAGCACUUGGUCUGCUUGUCUUAUUUCAUGCAUAUUGCUGUUAGUCAUUUUUUAUGUGUGAAAGGGAUAAAUUACACCAUGUAAUUAAUUACAUUGUGCUGGUUUUGGGUGCACAAACCAGAGCUGUAAAUCGGACAUCUUGAUUUAAGUCAUAUUUAAAUGCAACAGCACAAAAUCACAGCAUUUAAAUUACAAGAAUUGAAGGUCUCUAUGCAAAAGCAUUACUACGACAAUGUGGGAAUUUUUGAAAGUGUUGCAAAGUCACCCAAUCAUUUUGUGUACAAUUUGGUAUCUACUUUUGCACCAAAAAACUGUCUUCAUAAUGGACAAGUUGUUUCAAUCUUAUUUUGGGGGGAAACCUGAAUCCAAUUCCAUAAAACAUAGAUUUGCUAAGGUCUGUGGGAAAUAUGGUCACCAAUGGCCCCCCAAAAUUUGGUUGAUUAAUGAGUGACAGUAUUAACAAUGGUUUUUACAAGAAAAUGUAUGGCCGUUUUGCCAGGCAGCAAGAUCAAGUAGCUGUAAUAACGAGGUGGCCGUAAGGCGGGGUUCCACUGUACAGACUUAGUGUGAGACUCACAAAACCAUGAACACCAGAAAUGGAAUGUUAUUGUGUUGCAAGAAAUAAGCCAAUAAGGGUUGAGAUAACUAAACCGCAAACAGCAACGGUAAUUCGUUUCUGGUUUUGAGUUUGCUCACGUGUCCUGGACUUUAUUGUGAUUGGCCAGUACACAAUCAACAUUCCUGAAAUUUUUCAGGUGUUCAUGGUUUUCUGAGUUUGACAGUAACUGCUCGCGUCUUAUUGAUAAUAAGACAGAAUCUUCUCAUCACUGCCAAAAGAGCAACAAGAGAGUACAACAGAGACUGCUGAUAGUGUUAGGAAUACCAUGACAAAAAUAAUCUGCCUUUUUGGUUUUGUUUGACACAUAUUAUGGAAAUCUCCAGGUUUUUGGGAGCUUUUUUUCAAGCACUCCAGAUUUGCAUGGUUUAGGGGUUGGAAGGUCUGUUUGAGUCCAAAGGCCUGCAUACUGACCUGUAUGCAUUUUGAAAGAAGAAAGGGGUAAUAAAUAAAAAUGGUUACUUUUUCUUUCCGUCAUCAGCAAGACACCAUUCCACAUGUGAUAGUUUAAAGAGAGACAAAACCGAGAUAACUGAUGCUGAUAAAAAUUACACCCUUGAUGUUGAUGGUCCAGGACCCCUUAAGCCUCAACAAGUCUUCUGCAACAUGACUGCUGAUCCGCCGAUCACAGGGAUUUUUACAAAAAAUAUUGGAGUAAGACUUUACUCAUCUGAUGCAUUCAUUUCCCAGGCUAUAAGUUAUAUCCCCAGCCUUGCUGCAGCCAAAGCCCUGGCCAUGAACAGUAAGACAUGCCAGCAGUAUGUUGAAUUUGGCUGCAGAAAAAAUCAGUUGUUAGAGGGCAAGGCCUCAAGCUGGGUUGCAGCAAAUGGAAUUUAUCAAAAUUACUGGGGAGGGGGUACGCCAGAGUCUGAAGCAUGCAACUGCUGGAACACAAAAAGUUGUUUGGAUAAGUCUAAACGGUGCAACUGUGAUGCCCAGAGAGACAGCUGGGCCUCAGAUAGUGGGUAUUUGAAUUCGUCGACUUUGCUACCUGUUACUGAGUUGGUAUUUACAAAAUUCAGCCCCUCCGGAGAAGCAAACUACACUGUUGGCAGGCUUAAUUGUAUAGGUAAGUGUUAUUGAUGUUCCUCCUUAACUUUACAAGGAUGUACACUGUGCAGUAUAGGGCUAAGGGUUAACAAUAACUGCUAGUGAGCUGGAAAACUGACUUUCUUUGCACCCUGUCAAGGCCACUUUGAAUUGGGCUGGAGUUAUUAAGCUUUUUAUGCCAAAUCCUGAAACAUUGGUCUGAAUAAGAAACUCUCCUUUAGAACUUCUUCUUUAACAUUUGCUGCUUAAUAUUAAUGAGUUUUGUGGCCUAACAAAUAUGACUGAAAAUGCUACUUGAUUGGCUAACACUACUGAUAACUGUCAGUAGCGUUUUCAGAUCACUGAAAGGUAGCUGACACUAACGAUCAUGCGAGGGAAUAUUGUUAGUGUAUGUUUUUCCAGAGAAGGCCUCAUUAUUAUUGUCAGCAUUCGUUAUGGCCUGAAAUAAACCAACAAAGGAUUAAACACAACAAAAAUAACUGAUACCGUACGAUAAAAAAAUUGUACCCCUUCCAGCUACCAACUCAAGAACACUGUAUCCCUUUUACAUAGUAAACCAUUGGGAUGAAGUUAAUGUAUGAUAUUCAAAAGAACAAAUAACUGUAAAUUAUAUGACCACAAGGUACCGCUGUUUGAAAGGUUUCUUGAUCCUCUUGUAUUCUUCAACUUGUGAAAUUGCAUUACAGAUGAAGCCUUAAAAAGAUUUUCUUUUGGCCAGAGCUUCCCUCUGGUAGAGAGCUUUAUAAUAUAUUUGAGGACGAGUACCUGUGCAAGAUUUAACUUUAUAGUUUUUGUGCGUGUUCACCAAAAAAGUUUGUACAGUUAUUUAUACCGAAGGAGGUCAAGCCCUCUCCCAAUAGCAAAGUGAUAAAACUUCUCACAUUUGAUAACUUUUUGCAGCGGCUAUGACAUUCUCGCUAAAACUUGUUGUGGAAUGACGAUGGCAGCUAUCAUGUUUUUCUGCCAAAAUGACACUGGUUUACGCGCCCAGCCUCGAAUAAGCGCCCACCUCCUCCUCCUCCUCGCAAUCGAACUCAAAUAAGUGCUCACCCCCACCCCACCCACCCAUGUGAAUAAAUUCUAAUAAGAGACUUCCCUGAGGACGGAGUUUUCUUCAGAAUAUUUUACAGAAACCUUGCUUUGUUACUUCUUCGCAUUUUGUUAUUAGCAUUUAUUGUUUUGUUGCUGAAAAUGGUGAAAAUUUAAAGUGUCCAGCCUCGAAUAAGUGCCCACUCUCAUGGUCCAAAAAUUCAAUAAGCACCCAGGGUGGUUAAUCAAAUAAAUACGGUAGUUCAAAAGAAGUCAGGGCGUUUGGGGCCUUGAUCCGUGGCUGUCUUGAUGAUCUGUUGCUUUGUUUUUUUAACAGUUCUGUAAUUUUAAAAGUGAAAAUAGUAAAUGAUUUCUCUGUUUUAUUUAGGUAAUAUCAGCAACACAGCAACCUUUGUCAAUGAAGAUGGCUUCAUCUUCCUUGACCCCUGGGAACCCCCAUCAGAUGGUGUUAUCUCACUGUACUUCAAAACCCCUUAUGCCAAAGGAACAUUACUGUACAAUGGUGUGGAUAAUGAGGAUUACUUCCACCUCAAAAUCCUCAAUGAAACCACCAUGCGUCUUUUGUACAACAUAGGAAACGGUGUAAACAACGUUGAUUUAGAAUUACCAGACAAUAAGAAACUGAAUGAUCGGUCGUGGCACAAGGUUGUUGUUUAUCGCAACAUGAAGGAGUUUGGUUUGAAGCUGGAUAAUUUGGAUGGCCGAAAUCUUAAUCCCCUGUUUCUAGAAAGAGACUUAGAUGUACCGGUAGACAGAGAACUGCAUGUUGGGACCUACCGCUAUGAUGUUUCAAAAGGAUUUGUGGGGUGCAUACGAGGAUUGGUAAGAAAGUUUAUUUUGUUAAAAACUUUUCAUCCAUAGAGUUGAAAAUAAUCUUAUUAGUAGAACCUGGCUUAUAAUGUUAAAUAAUAUCACAGGAAAGUACCAAUCUGGUAUUUGUACCUCAGGGUUACAUGUUUAAACUAAAAAGCACAACCGCCUUGUUUUGUAUUUUUUUUUGUUUUAUUUUUACAGCCACCUUGUUGGCCUUAGAUUGUGAAUACAGCCAUCUUUUAUCUUUUUUUGCUCCUUGCCACAAAGGAUGCAUUAAUGGUAUUGCAAACGAGACGUCUGCAUUUUACACCCAAACAUUGCUCAUGAAUGAUUAUGAAAUCUCAGUGGAUUCGCAAUACUGCCUUUAGAUACCUGGAUGCAAAAAAUGUUGGAAAAUUACGUGUAAUUCCGUGGGGUUCUCAUUAUUCAGAAUUGAAUAAGAAACAUAAGCUGUUGAAAAGAAACUGAAAAAAAAAUCGGGCUUGCGCGGGAUUUUAACGGUGACCUUUGCAAUGACCUAAUGCAGUGCUCUAUCCAUCAAGUAUGUAUUCAUAGAGCAUUGCGUCUGAUCAUCGCAAAGGUCAGGGUUCGAUUCCCAGUCAAGCCUGAAAAUUUUUUCAGUUUUUUUUUUCAACCACUUAGGCUGGUUAUUUAACUGUGAGGACCAUAAUUUUUUCCACUUUCAUAUCUUUAUUCGCAGUUCAAAAUAUGAGUCAUUUCAUAUAUUUCCAUUUAAUGAAAUUGUUGAUUAAUGUGGAAAAUAAAUACCAUAAUCUUCUUAAAACUUGGGUAGCUUAAAGAAAAUUGUGACAGGAUUUCCAUAUCAGCCAACUGUGUGAUUUCUCUGAGGAGCACUUUACAUCCAGUACUUGUCUUACACCUGUAUUGUCAUUAGAAGGACUAAAAUAUCGUAGAUUUUAGAGGUUCUGUUUGUUGUUUCCAAGGCUAAGUAGCCUUAUUAAAUAGUAGGCAUUUCAGUCUGUUCCUUGUAUUUUGUCCAGAUUAUGCACUGUCAUUAGAUUAUGGUGUGUUACAUGUAUGAUUUCUUAAAAAUUAUGCAAUUGGGUGCGAUUUGGAAUUAACUAUGCAAAAUUGCACCAUUGUGUAAUAUCAGAAGCCCUGUCACAAAGUUUUUCUUUCCAGAUUAACCAGCAGGUGAAUUUCCUUUCGCAGGGAAAGACAAACUUUGUGCACAAGGUCCAUUUGAGUGCAAAGACUGCAAAGCUUUGCUUAGUUACCGGUGACUGGCCUUUUCACAGGUGGCCAAAGUUGCCGGUCGCCGCCUGAAAAGGAAAACCCUGUGUCAUCUCAAAUUCCAUUGAUAAAUACAUUUGUCUGCAAUUUUGUUUGCAAAAACAAACACAGAACUAAAAACAUUUUCUUUUUCUAAAUCUGCAUCAAUUUCAGCCCCAACGUUCCUAUGAGACAAGGUCCUGUGAAUAAUAUUGUACAUAUUCAAUGUUUUUCGCAGUACUAUGACAUAAAGUUAAAUUUUAAUGUUAGGUUUUUUUCCUCACAGACCAUUAAUGGAAAGGUUCAGAACUUGUGCAAGUUGGCAGCUAAUAGAGAUUACGUGGAGUGUGGUUGUGGAGCAGCAUGUGCUAACCAUUCGUGCCGGCACGGGGGAAAAUGUCUGGAUAAUUACAAUGUUUAUUCUUGUGACUGCAGCAAGACUCCAUUUUAUGGUUACUUUUGUCAGCGGGGUAAGCUUUCUGUUAGUGAUGAUGAUGAUGAUGAUGGUGAUACUGAGUGAAACAUAAAAAUAACUGCUCAAACCAUGAAAAGGAGGCAGGGGCACCCAACGACUGUUUUCAUUAAAAUAUCUGUUCAGAGAAGCAAAUAUUGCCUAGAAUUUUCUAUUUCUUGGGGAAGGCUAAAAAUUUCUAGAUGACUGUUUUUUUCAUGUACAGUUUUCCAAGCUUAUGUAAUAAAUCCCGCACAAUUUUGUCAAGUUUAAUUUUUCACAUUUCACUGCUGAGGUUAUACUAUUUUUCGUAGAAAAAAGGAAACCUAAAAUUUUUGAAUUCAAAAAUGCAAUGGAGCGAGGAAUCAGAAAAUGCCCCUCUUUCGUAUCAUGUCAAAUUGCAUCUAAAAUUUGCGGGAAAAUAAUACUCAAGCCCUUGUAAUUUGGAAAAGACUCAGGUUGACCUAGGAUGACCGAACAGAUACAAAUUUUAUGGCGCCGCUUAGAAUGCAUUUAAAGAGAUCUAAAGUACUCUGGAUAGCCUAAAAAGUGUUUUCAAUGACUAGGAGGAAACCGUCACUGGGUGCCCCUGAGGAGGUACAUGUAUAAAUAACGCAGCAAACACAAAAAGGAGCUUGGAUGGCACAAACUUGAAGACGAUUGAAAUGGAUUGUAAUUAUUGUUGUUUUUGAAAACUUGUUUGACUCACAGGUUUUCAAAGUUCGUUUUGGUUGUUUGUAACAAUUCAUAUACAGUUGAUCCUCCACUCAUGGCUGCCUCUCCACAACGGCCAUUUUUUUUGGCGAACAGUCCCUACACUGACUCUUGUUUCAACCUCUCUGCAACAGUCACCUCUCUACAAUGGCCACUUUCUUCUGUCCCCAAGGUGGCCAUUGUAGAGCAGACUACGAGCAGUCUCUCUUUUUUCUAUAGUCCGUCGAGCAAAAUGCGAGACACGCAAAUGGCCGCGCGCGUGACUGAUGGCGCGAGAUGGGAGAGGCAGGAAAAAAGAUUUUUUUUUCCUUCUCGGGCUGCCGCCCUCGUUUCGCGCGUCUCACGGCUUCGCUUCUCCCACGCGCGUGCACUGCUCUCACUAAAUCUGAAGAAAAAAAGAGACUGCUCGCAGUGUAUUUUAGAGGGUUCAACUGUAAUGCGCACAAGACAUAUUUGUUUGACAUGAAGUUGUGAUUUUGCCAUUCACAAGAAAUUUCUCAAGUUCCAUAGUGAAUAAGGACACACAAUUGGUAUUAAUAACAAUGAACAAGACUACCGUGACACGGCCUUUUCAAGACGUAACAACUGAAUUACAGGUCAAUUUAGGUUUCUGGGAAACUGACCACCCACCCCUCCCCUUAGUCAACAUUAUCACGUACUUCCCUCUUUGGGCAAACUCUUGGCUUAGGGGAGGGGUAGGUGGGCAGUUUCCCAGAAACCUAAUUGAUCGGACGUAAUUUAUAUUUCAGAUAAAGGUGCAUCCUUUGAUGAGAGAGACAGCUUGGAAAGUGACCACCCACCCCUCCCCUUAGUCAACAUUAUCACUUACUUCCCACUUAGGGCAAACUGUUGGCUUAGGGAAGGGGUAGGUUUGCAGUUUCCCAGAAACCUAAUUGAUCCGACGUAAUUAUAUUUCAGAUAAAGGUGCAUCCUUUGAUGAGAAAGACAGCCAGUUAACAUACACGUAUCCAACUCCUGCGUCAGUGCCGAAUGUCGACAUUGUAGUUGGCUUCAAAGUAGGAAAAGACAAGCCUUGCGCUGGGGACAUAGUUCGAAUUGAUAGCAAAGAUACCGAGCAAUACUACCUGGUAACGCUCUUCGCUGAGAGCGAGAAACUCAGAUUUUAUUUCAGGGGUCCCCAAGGAGAGGCUUUUGAGGAGUUUGAUCCCCCUCAGGGCAGAUUCUGUGAAGGAAGACACACGUUUGCGGUUACUCGCAGAGGCAAGAAGCUAAACUUUACCAUCGACAAAGUGAAGCAGCCAAAGAAAGAAAAUACACGGCUUGAUGGGCUCUUUUCUAAAAUGGAAACAAUUACAAUUGGAAAACAGGGGGAUAAGGGGUUCAAAGGGUGUAUAACUGGAGUGAAGAUCACGCGAGCAUCAUUUGGAGGCAAGCCGGAAGUAGUAGAGCCUAUUAAGGACUAUUUCUAUGAUGGUAUAACCAAGGGUUACUCAGCUUCAGAUGUCAGCCCAGCUGAUAAAGAAAAAUGUGGCAAUGAGCCACCAGUGCCUCCAGAACCUACCCCCCGUAUUAUGGGUCCCCGAACAGGUUUCACCACCAGCUCCCCAAAGGCUGGACUGCGAGCUAAACAAGAGGAGGACGACAAAACAGCCAUUAUUGUUAUAGUUGUUCUUAUCCUGGUUCUUUUGCUUGUGGUGCUAGCUAUUGCAAUCUACUGGUACUGGGCACGUCAUAAGGGGGAGUACCACACCCAUGAAGAUGACGAGGAACUGAAAAGUGUUGAUCCAUACAUUGAUCCAUCUGCGCCAAGGAAACCUCAGGCAGAGGAGCCAGAGAAGAAGAAAGAGUGGUACAUUUGAGGAUUUUCUUUUAAUACUUUCAUUUUGACUCCCAAGUACUCUCGUAAUGUGAGAUGUUGCUCGUGCAUAGCUGACGAGUGACAGAUCAUCACGAUGCUGCAGAUGCCAGUUGAGUAGUGUUUUCUGAGCAAGUCUUGUGCGAGGUUCAGUACAGUUUUAAUCUUGACUUUCUUGUUUGUCCCUUAAUUUUGCAUAAUUGUGUCAUUCUGCUACCUUUGCUUUUAUAUAAACACUUUUGCAUUUUGUAUGAAAAAGUAAUGAAGUAAUGAAGUAAUAAUAAUGCUUACUACUUUGAAAAACCAAUUAACUGUGGCGUCAGUGGAGAUCAACUGUCAUCGCAUUGCCCUUGUUUUUUUACAAAAACUUAACAAGGUAUCUUGAAAGUUAAACCACACUAUAAUAGAUUAGUCGCCUUCAUAGCUGCUUGGACUGGAAUCUAGCCUGUGCCAGGCUCUCAGAUAGUAUAGUGCGGACGUAUUAAAACGAGCAAAGCGAAAAUAAGACGCGCGCUACUUGGGAAAGGGGGUGGUGGCGGCGAGAAAAAUGUCUCUCCCCAGCCCCCGCGCGUUUUUCGCAUUUCCUUUUACUGAACGACCUUUCACCACUAUCUCGAAGCCUGGAACAGGCUAACUGGAAUCACGCAAUGCUCCUCCACUUUGCGUGACUCUGGCGGAGGCAGCUGCAAAGGAAACUACACCACAAUGGUCACUCAAUCAGAAAUUUGACUUCUCUCCACAUUUCAUUGGUUUUCAUUGUACCAUUUAUUAACUAGAAAAUUGUGUAAUUAUUGUCAGUUGCCAACUGGCGUAAUCUAGUUGAGACAAGUAAGAAUGGGCUUGUUAUAUAAUGUCGCAUUAGCGGAUGAGAAUUUAUUCUCAUGGCAAUGAAUGAACAAUUUAUUAUGUUACUAUUGACUAAUUCAUUUAACCCUUUAAGCCCUAAGAAUGAUCAGUGUCAAAUUUCUCCUUGUAAUAUCACUGCUUUAUAAACAGUGGUCAUGAGAAUUAAGGACACGAUCACACAAGUUGAGUCUAAUGGAUUCUUCAACAAAUUGUCCUUACUACUUCUAUUGAAAACGUAUAGGGACAACAAAUGAGAAUUUGAAUUUUGAUACUAGGAUUUAAAGGGUUAAACCAGGCUGUUUACCUUUUUUCUGUUGAUUGUAGUCAACUAUCUCAUAGAUGGAUACCACUGGGUGUGGCAUUAAGUUGCCGUCUUAGAGAGAUGUCUGCUUCAAGGCCAGUUUGUAUUAGCAACAGAUUGGAAGUCGCAAGAAUGCUUACCUUAUUGUAGGAAAUUAGCGCUUCAUGAAAUUAAAUUCGCGUUAACUGAAGUCACGUUAGUUUUUGUAAACGGUAAUUUCUGCGCCAUUAAUUAAGUGGAGUGUUAAAUUCCGGUUUUUUCGGCUCAAAUUUCUAAAGUGGAAACUUGAGCCGAAAAAACCGGAUGCUCUCGCAGGCCAGAGAUCUGCCAGUGUCAGUGAGACUGCUACGAAACCUCAAGGUAGCCAUAUUUCUUUGCAUUUUGUACGUUUGGAAAAAGAAACAAACAAAGUUUUCAUUUCGAAAUAUACAUUUAACUUUGUUCCAGUUAUCUCAUUAAGUUUUGUUUCUUUGGAACGUCAAUUUUUUUAAUUUCUUUUAUUUUAAAAUAUUACCCUGCUCUUUCGAGUUAAUUUUCUUUAUUUGAAAGCUGCUUUCUAUUACAUUUGCGUUAAUUUAAGUUGCGUUGAUUUCUUGGAGCGUUAAUUUCGUAUAAUAAGUUAUCACCUAGUGGAAAUAUCAAAUCUGAGUCCUCGAAAGAGUAGUUGGAGUCGCAAGAAUCAUAGCGUGUUCAUUUUCUGAAUCUGCUUUUGACUCUGGCUUGUAACUAGUAAAACUGUCAGUAUUGGAAUCAGAGAUUCAAGAAUAGAUCAUUCACAGUGGCUGUUCCCACACAUUGCUUGUUGGUUUUGUUUUUCUGCUUCUCAGCUUACAACUCCAACAAUCUACAGUUUUUACUGGAGAGGUAGCCUGCGUCGCAGACACUCUUAAUCGCUGUUUAGACCCUAGGGGGGGUACUCCGGAUUACAAGUGACAGGAUGAUCGAAUGGGGGCAAAACUCAAAACCCCUGGUACCUUAGGUAAGGUUCGGUACCCUGAAAAACCAUAGGCUACUGGGCGGCAUAUACUUAUCUAGCCCAUAAGGGAGUGCACCCCUCCCCCCUCACCCAGGUGACUGUUAUGCUGCUGGGUUUUACCAACAGUAUGAAACAGUGGAGAAAAUAAGAUUUUGGAACAGCCUUCAUCCAUUAAUGUAACUGUGGUGUACUAAAUUUUUGUAAGGUAUAAUAUGCCAUUCUUAAUACGUCAAUAAUAUUGAAUACGUCAAUUUAAAAGUUGUCUACCAAUAUCUUACCAGUCCAUUUUGGUGGACAAGGCUUGAACUCUCAUCCUGCCCUUUAUACACUAACAUAAGUAUGCAUAUUCUCUAACUGUUUUCUCUAUACAGUUCCUAUGGUACUGAUGAGAAUUUGUGAAACAUUCAAGUCCUCCGAUACGUAGUAAUCCUUUUUCUUAUUCCAGGGUCAUACUGAGGUAUAUGGGAUCAGGGAUCAAGCUAUAAAUUGGGUGGGGUCAGGAAUCACAGCGCCGGGAUCUGGGAUCACAAGCCGUGCGAUCGGGAUCAGUGGUAUUGUAAGGGGAUCAGGGAACCGGUUUUCCGAUAUAACAACAAAGACCACAAAUUUCUGGAAAGCGCCUUAAUUGGACGAACCUGCCAACAUUUAAGGUGUUUCGAUACAGUUGUUCGGAGACCAUACCGAUAUUUUUUAAUCGCCUUAAAUGUGAUUUUAUCCUUGUCCGAUCGCUAUAAGAUGGUAGACACUUUAUUAUGUAUCUCAUUCAGUCUUUAUCAAGUAUACGCAGCUAAUACAACCCAGUUUGAAUUCAGGGAUCCAAAAAAUUUUUUUAAGCGAUCAGGGAUCAAGAUUUGCAACCAUUUUGAGGUAAGGGAUCAAAAUUUAAGUCCAAAAUGUGGGGUCAGUCGGGGGAAAAUAUACCUCGUUACGACCCAGUUAUUCUCAUGACAAUAUACUUUGAGUAUUUUAGUGAUCUUUUAAUCUCUUAAAGUGAGCUGUAUCUAAUUUCUCAGGGCUGUCACAAAGAUUUCAAGUUGCUUGGUAUGAAAGGGAAUUGAUCACAUAGGACCUUCAUAGCUUCUAUUUUCCUUUAAUUUGUUUCCCAUGAAAACAGCAGCAACCAUGGUAGCCAGCGGAAAUCCUCGCCCCGCCCCCGCUAAGCGACAGCCCUGAUUCUUGUUAAGGUCAAUUCAUAAAUUAAUAUUUUAGCUGUCUUUUUAUGGGUUUCAAGAAAUUGCGGUAACCUUGACACCCACUGAGCGUAUUUUUUAGUGUGGC